GAGGAAAACAGAGCAGAAGGGUAGUGGUCCUGAUCUAUGGGCCGAUAUAAGGACGCUUUAUAAAUCUGUUUAAAAUUAACACGUUGAAUCAAUUUUGACUUGAGUUUUGGUUCAUUCUCGUGAGGAGACGCGAGACCUGUGUAGCCUGGUUUAAAGAGAAAACAGUCGGUAUGGAUGACCCGGAGGUGGCGGAGACAUUUAGACUAUUAAAGAAGCGAGAUCUGUCCCAGACCUAUUCUUUUAAAAUGGCUUGUCGCGAGUUUGGUCCUCCGAAAUGCAGAAAUAGAAUAAUUAUCGCCCCUCCGAUGCCAAAGCCGUAUAAAAGCAGUCCCUCAGUGCUCCUGUACGGCGGCGGGGAGCUGGUCAUGUCUCAGAGAGUAACAGAGGAGAAAAACUCCAGGAGAGUCCAGGAGGAGAAACGUGAGGAGCACACAGACUGGUUGAGUAAACGACGGGCUUUUCGUAAAGCGCUGGAUGGACUGGGUAAUCUGGAUUCAUGGUUCUACAACAAACCAGAUCUCACAAAAAUGGAAAGUAACGUGAUGGAGAGGAGGAAACAAAUACGGGAAACAACUCCGUCUGAAGAACUCGUCAGUGAUGUCCAGCAUAAGCAGAUUUUGUCCCAGAAUGACCACUCACAGUUAUCCACUCUUGGAGGACUCACAGGCUGUGCAGUGGACCACUUUAGGGACCGAUGUCUGGAAGAUUACCUCAGCUCUCUAAAGCAGUGCCAAAGACAUGGCCUGCCAAUCAGCCAGGCCACACUAAAACGAGUGCUGCUUCACCCUGAAGAUGUAAGUGCUGCCAGUGCUCUGCCAAGUCCUGGGAUGGGGCGGAGGGGUUGGAUGUCCUACAGUAUUCUUCCACAGAAAAAAAUGGAAGACGAUGACAAUAUCGACCCCAAAGAGAUUUCUCAACUUGCAGACUCUAAUGCAUUUUGGCCUGGUCACGAUGGUCACAUGAGGUUAUACCUGCCUGCGAUGUCCAACCGUCAUGAAAGUGUGCUGUUCAGUCGUGUUGAACACACCCCUGUUCCAUGUAAUGGACACUGGCCCAUCAAUCAAGCAGGAUACUACACCUCUGGAGACAUCAAUAGACACAAAGUCUACACUUUGUAGAAUUCAUAACAGCCUUUCCUUAAUCUACUACAGCUGGUCAUGAUAAACUUGUGAAACAUACUGCUGUAAAAUUACAACACAAUUAUUUUGAAUGUUAUGAACUGCUUUUUAUAUAAUUCAGUGAAGCACAUGGACUUGUCAAAGUAUAGAAGUUGUAACUGCAGUGAAUUUGUUGCAUUCUGUUAUUAAACAGGCAGCAGUGAUUAUAUGCUUCAGUAAACAAAAUCCUGUGUUUAUUCAAUGUGAUUUCACUUUUAAAUUAAGCCCUUGUAAUACAAUUAGUAGAAGAA